AUGUCUUCUACCGCAGGUCUCUCUCGGCUUUCUGCCCUCUUCCUCCUGUUCUUCUUUUUCCUCAGUGUUAGCGCAAAGACCUUUACCUGGAACUGUGGGAACUCCGUCGGGACGUGCAACAACUACUGUUACUACGCCAAAUGCCGAUCAGGAGCAAAAAGGAGCUUUACCUACGACCCUAACAAGAGUAAUGCCAGAAAGCGUCGAGUUGCAUCGGGGUGCAGUAAGAACCCGUGCGGAAGAAAAAGCAGACUCCCCUUCAAGAAGUUCGGCCGGUCAUGCGAUGAGUUCCCCUUUGCCAGUACGAAGGAAGGUGGAAAGGGUGCGCAGUUGAGAUGUGUUAACCCGCACGAGAAUAGCAGCGAGGGUGGCCAGCUCCGUGGAUUCUACAGAAAGCUGAAGCCUGGCGAAAGAUACGGCAUCACUAUCAGAAACUACGGAAAAGCACGCUAUUGUGCGCGACGUACCUGCAAGAAUGACGGAGGACAGUUUUACCUCAAUUCCAACCGCAAGUUCGUGGGCAACAGGCCCAGAGCCUUGAAUGAUGCUUCAGGCUUCACCAUGAACGAAGGCAACGAGGCGCCCGCAGAUCUGAAGCAAGUGGAAACUGAAGAUGGCGCUACUCACCUGGUUCUUGCUGAAGAUCCCGAUGACCCCAUUGGUGCAGGCUCACAACUUUGGGAUUCAGAGACCGACAAGAGCCAUACCGUUGUUCGUGUGCUUUGA